GCCUCCGCCUACCACUUCCUGCGGGCCGCUGUGGGACUCAACCCUCAGUCUGGACAGCUCUUCAUGCUACUUGCAGUUGCACUGGUGCACAUGGAUGACUAUGAGAAUGCCUGCAAGUCAUACGAACAGGCUCUCACCCUAGACAGGGAUAACCCUCUCAUUCACCUCAAUUACUCCAUCGUCCUCUACAACAAUGGAGAGAUGAGGGCUGCAGGGAAACAGUUCCAGCUUUUCAAGAGCAAGACUCAGACUCACAGACCUACCAACCCUGACCUGAGGUGGAGUCAGUGGCAGGAAGACUGGGCCCUGCCAUACAGGUGGGGGAGGAGAGGGAGGAGAGGGAGGGGAGGAGAGAGAAAGGUGCCAGUGAGGAAUGGAGGCAGG